UACCUCAUAAUAAUCGAGAGAUGGCGUCCUGUGCCCAGUGAAUAAGCAAAAAUUAUCUUAAAGAAUUGACGAAGAGAUACUCUAAUGGCAUUUAUCAUUAGGCUACGAACACUGUUGAAGUAGGCUAAUAGCAAUAAUCCUCCACUGAUAGAAACAUCAUUUAUUUUGGUGCUGUUCUGCAAUAGCCUAUUACACCUGGCUUCCCCAGAUUUAAUAGGGGGUGGGUUCCGCGGCGGUUGUUUCAGCAUCCUCCAGCCUCCGCCUCUGUGUAGGCUAUCCAACGCGCGGACGGCGAACUGGAGACAGGGAGAGAGGGCGAUGGCUGCCGGUGGAGGAUGCGGGGAGACAGUGGAUCAGUACCGGGCGGUGGUCGAGCGGCUCACCCAGGAACUUGCGGAUGCGAACAGAGAGAAAAUCAGGGCGGCAGAAUGCGGUCUUGUUGUGUUGGAAGAGAACCAGACUUUGAAGCAGCAGUAUGCCGAUUUGGAAUCGGAGCAGGAGACGCUGAAGCAGGAGUUGGAACAAUUACAAGAGGCGUUUGGCCAGGCCUACUCCAACCAGCGUAAAGUCGCGGAGGACGGCGAGAGCAACGAGGAGUCACUGCUGCAGGAGUCAGCGUCUAAGGAGGCCUACUACAUGGGCCGGCUGCUGGAGAUGCAGACAGAGCUGAAGCUGAGCCGCUCGGUGGCGUCCAACGCGUCCAACGAGAGCGAGAGGCUCAACGCCGUCCUGCAGGAGCACAGCGAAAGUAAUGAGAUGCUGGAGUUGCAGCGGAGCCGGAUGAGGGAGGAGAUCAGGGAGUGUAAAUUCAGAGAGGCCCGUCUCCUACAGGACUACACCGAGCUGGAGGAGGAGAACAUCACCCUGCAGAAACUAGUGUCCACACUCAAACAGAACCAGGUGGAGUAUGAGGGUCUGAAGCAUGAGAUCAAGGUUCUGGAGGAGGAGACGGUGCUGCUGAACAGCCAGCUGGAGGAUGCUCUGCGUCUGAAGGACAUCUCUCAGUCCCAGCUAGAGGAGGCCCUGGAUGCCCUGAAGAUCGAGAGGGAGCAGAAGAACAGCCUGAGGAAGGAGCUGGCCCACCACAUCACCCUCAGCGACAGUGUAUACGGGGCCGGAGCCCACCUGGCUCUCACCGCCACGGUCGACGGGCUCAAGUUUGCCACAGAAGAGGUCGGGAGUAAUGGUACAGCCAUGCCCAAUGGCACCAAUGGGAAGGAGGAUAGCAAUAGCGACUGUAACGGCCACCUGGGACUGGUUAAGGUGAAUGGCGACUACCGGCUGCCCAGGAAGGGGGAAGGGCUGCACGGUCCUGUGUCAGACCUCUUCAGCGAGCUCAACCUGUCUGAGAUACAGAAACUCAAACAGCAGCUCCUUCAGGUGGAGCGUGAGAAGUCCAGCCUCCUCAUGAACCUGCAGGAGGCCCAGACCCAGCUGCAGCACACGCAGGGCGCCCUGACAGAGCAGCACGAGUGUGUCCACCGCCUCACCGAGCGAGUCAACGCUAUGAAGCGCCUCCACAGUGACAAGGAGAUGGCCGACGCCCAGGAGUCCGAGACGCACGACGGGUUGCCCGCGCCCGGUCGCCACGACUACGUGGUGAACAUCCACGGGAUGGAGAUUCUGGAGUGUAAGUACAAGGUGGCGGUAACCGAGGUGAUCGACCUAAAGGCGGAGCUAAAAGCUCUGAAGGAGAAAUCUAACCAUUGUGUGGAGGGCCAGGGGGAGGAGUGGAGCAGCAGCGAUGGGAAGGUCCAAGCUCUGGACGAGCAGGUCAACCGGCUGGAGAAGAGCUGCCGCGAGGCCUGUGAUAAGGUGGCGCGUUUGGAGGCGGAACUACAGGCGGCGACGGGCGUGGCCACGGAGAGCCACGGCAUGCUGAACACGGCGCAGGACGAGCUGGUGACAUUCAGCGAGGAGCUGGCCCAGCUCUACCACCACGUGUGUCUCUGCAACAAUGAGACGCCCAACCGCGUCAUGCUGGACUACUACCGCCAGAGCCGCAACACCCGCAGCGGCAGCCUCAAGGGCUCCGAGGACCCCCGGGCACUACUCUCCCCCCGCCUGGCUAGACGCCUCGCCGCCGUGAACGCCGGGCUCUCAGAGUCCCCCCGGAGCCCCAUGGACUCACCCUCCAAAGACCCCCCCAGUGGGGACAACGGGACAACAGGGAGGGAGUCCCCAGCAACAGGCAGUCAGGGGAACCCCACCCGCACCCCCAUUGGCUCCCCGGUCAUCAACAGCUCCAACGGCUCUCCCUCCUCCUCUUCCGUCCCUCCCGAGGCAGGCGGAGACCUGCGUAAGGAGCCCAUGAACAUCUACAACCUGAACGCCAUCAUCAAGGACCAGAUCAAACACCUGCAGAGGGCCGUGGACCGCUCCCUCCAGCUGUCUCGACAGAGGGCAGCCGCCCGAGAGCUGGCCCCCUUGUUCGACAAGGACAAGGAGGCCUGCAUGGAGGAAAUCCUCAAGCUCAAGUCCCUCCUCAGCACCAAGAGGGAGCAGAUUGCCACGCUCAGGCUGGUGCUCAAAGCCAACAAACAGACUGCAGAGGGGGCGCUGGCUAAUCUAAAGAGCAAGUAUGAGAAUGAGAAGUGCAUGGUGACAGAGACCAUGAUGAAGCUGAGGAACGAGCUGAAGGCUCUGAAGGAGGACGCCGCCACCUUCUCCUCUCUCAGGGCCAUGUUCGCCACCAGGUGUGAUGAGUAUGUGACUCAGCUGGAUGAGAUGCAGAGACAGCUGGCUGCAGCGGAGGAUGAGAAGAAGACCCUGAACUCCCUGCUCCGGAUGGCCAUCCAACAGAAGCUGGCCCUGACCCAGCGUCUGGAGGACCUGGAGUUUGACCACGAGCAGACCCGGGACCGCGGCCGCGGCGCCAAGGUGCCCAAGAUCAAGAGCAGCCCACACAAAGUAAGUCGAAGAGCCGCCCUCACAGCUCCCCCCAGCCCCACCAUGAUACACAGCCCUUAUUCCACCAGCUCCCACCCCUUCAACACCUCCCUGACCCUCUGUAGCCCUCCCUCCCUGGAGCUGCCCCAGUCCUCCAACCCCUGGUCGGCCUCAGACGGAGGCACUUCCCAGACCUCAUCCCUGGUCUCCUCUCUGCCUCCCCUGGGUCACCCCCAGUGGUCCCUGGGCACUCAGACCUUCAUCAUUGACCCAGAGUCGCUGAGUUUAGAGUGCUGUCGACUCGUUAACAGUCGAGACUCCAGUCCGCACUCUCCUAGCUCCGCCCCCGUGUCUCCUUACCGCUCACCCAUUCCUAAGACUUGGCAACACUUGUCGCCGGGGUCGGUGAGAACUCGUACCCAAAAAGACGCGCCUCGCCCCUCUGCUCUGGUCACAUCUCCCAGCAACCCAGUCCCUCACGCCUACAGUUCCAAGAUGCCCUAGCCCUAGUCCAAGGGGGUGGGUGGGACACAGAGAGGAGGACAGACUGGUUUCCUGUUUCCAGUGUCUGGCUUGACCUAUGACUAUGCAGUACUGUGACAUUCUUCUCAGGAAUUGGCUAUGAGAAGGACCCCAACACAGCUUGUUCCAUCUGCAGACAAUACUCAAGUCUGUUUAUAGUUUUGUGCUCAUUUCUGUAAAUGAAGGGAUUUAGGGAAGAAAUGAAAUAUAUGUUAGAAAUAUACCAGUAAAUGUGACAUUUCUAUGACAAAUAAAGUUGAGUUUUAGUAACUUU